GGACGUGCCAACACAGGACGCAUCCAGGGAUCUGUAGACGCCGCUUGAUGCAAACGCCGCUCUGAUCUUUAAGCCCGACUCCCGAUGGCUACCACCGAGGGAGGCACUGCUCCGCGAGCGGGCUCCACCGCCAUGAGAGCCUUCUCCACGCAGGAGGCCGAUGCAGCAAUCGGGACCCUGUUCGCACAAGUCGGCGGCAUCUCAGACCUGCACACGCACAAGCGGUUCGGCAGUCGGCUGGCCCCUCUGGUGAGUGAGCGGGAUGAACACAGAACGCACAGAGUGGCUGAUGCAUGCAGCGUCCACACAGCACCACCAUACAUACCCUCUGUGUGAGUGUCCGUGUGCGUGUGCGUGUGUGUGUGUGUGUGUGUGUGAUUCAGCGAAGAGCCAUCAAGACGGGCGGCGCGGUGCUGGUAGAUCUGGUGGCGAGCGCGUCACAUUCGCCGACGGUGUUCAUCGUGACGGGUCAGCAGCCGAUGUCGUCGAUGAGUGUGGCAAUGACCAGGGUGACGGUGGGUGUGGUCAUGGGCCCGCUGGCGGGCGUGGCGGGCGACGAGAUGCGCGAGGAGCAAAUCGUGACAUGCAGCUUCACCGUGGACGUGGAGGGAUACGACGUCGGCAAGUGAGCACAAGUGCCUCAGUGGGAAUGAAUCAGUGAGGGCAGGCUGGCUGGCUGGUCUGCUCAGGUCUGGGUAUUUCGUUCGUGUGGCUGCAAACAUGGACGGCACCCGGCUUGCACUGUAUGCGGCCAAGUGUUGCGCCGUCUUCAAUGUGCCCAUCACCAGACACGUAAGCAGGCCAACGCCGCGAAACAGAGCCACACCGCCCGACGUGCGUGAGUAUGAACCAGGGCUGCCUCUGUUUGGCUGUUGUCAGAUGGGCAGGCCAAGGCUCGAGGGUUCGCUGGUCCACUGUCAGCUCAUCGCCGAUGACGCCGAAGACGGUAAGCCGCAACCACACCCAUUCAACACAAUAUAUCAUGCUCCCUCCCCUCCUGGCUGGUUGACGUCUGUCAGAUGCCGCCCAUCCCCCGCUCAUCAUGAAGGCCGAGUGGCACCCCUUCUCUCCGGGCCACCUGGUGGUGCUGCGGGUGUCCAACUACCCGCCCGAGUCCAGCACUCCGCCCGACGCCACUUUUGCCACCUAUAAUGUGACCGAGUCUGCUGUCGAUGCAGAGCUGCAGCUGGAGCUGCCGGCCACGUGCGAGGCGCCAUCGGGGGAGGAGCAGGGGGCGGGACGACCCAGGAUGUGCUCAUUAGGGGUGAGGGGAAAGGAACUCUGCACAUGAAUGAAGGGACCCGGUCGCCGGAUCCUGCUGGUGCUGUGUGUGCAGGUGCUGGGCGUGCAUGUUCCGUAUGACCCCUCUGCUGACCUGCCAGUGGACUUCACCUUCAUGCGCGACGAAGGGCCCCUGUGGCACCAGCUCGCCGCCAUGAUCGUCACACAGAAAGGUCGCCUCUUUGCGAUCACACCCCUUCUCCCGCGCCAGUGCCGGCUGCCCAUGGGCGUGUUCGACGACAUGCUGAGCAUGGUGGGCAGCCCCGACCUGAUGCCGCCGGCCGGGGACGGGGAGGGGCAGGGGGAGGACAUGGUUGGGGCCGAGGAGAGGAGCAUGGUGCACAGGUGGCUCGACGAGGUGCUCAGGGACGUCAAGCGGUCCAACAACGGCGAGGAAGACCACGUGAUCCUCGAGUAAGUUUGUGAAGACAGACAGACAGAUGUGUAUGUGUAAUGGACGGACGGAUGGAUGGAUGGAUGUAUGGAUGCAGGUACUCUUUCGGAGCGUACAAGCCUCGCGUGCAGGAGAUCAGUGUCAGUGCGGCCAAGGGGGCGGCGUACGUGCCGCCAGCAGAGGUGCGGCCGCCGCAGUACUCGGCAGUGGCCGUGAUCACAGAUUUCCCCGCCCUGAGCAUCGCUCUGGGCCGCGCAGGGGGCAAUGUGGAUCUCGUCCAAGUCACGGGGGCCAUCCCACCGCUGCUCACCCACACAGAGGUGAGCUUGGGUGGGGUGGGGUGGGUGGGGUGGGCAGGAGCACCCAUAUCGAUGACGGACUGAUUAUGUGGACUCGUUUGUGUGUGCAGAAGCUGGACUCGGAUGCGGUGGUGAGUGGUGGGUUGGAGGGUCGCAUCUUCGAGACUGUGAGUCUGGGCUCGGCCGUCUUCGCCUCGGCCCCCGUGACAUUCGUCAACCACGUGCUGCCCGGCAGCGCACCAGGAGUCAUCGCCAGAACCGCACAAGUGAGACAGACGGGACGGGGGGAAAGGGAACAAAAGUGACUGAUAUCUCCCCCACCACCCUCUCUCUCUGUGUCUGUUGCUGCAUUCAUGUCAUGCAGAUGGUGUGUCACGUGAGCUUCUACUGGCUCAAGUGGCUGCAGGACACCUACAGCGAGAUCGCCGACGACCCCUCCCAGGCUCCCCCGACCCUCCCCUCUUUCCAUCGCCCCCCGCCCGACCUCAUCGACACCCGUCGUGUGGCCGUCCACCACCUCGCGCGUGUCACCACCUCCCACCCCCACAGCACCAUUUUCGGGCUCAUCUUCGACCGAACGCCCCCCGCACUGAGCACCGGGCGCAUUCGCCGGUUCGAGGACAUGACGCGUCUUGGUGUGUUGUGCGAGGUGUGGGUUGAGGGCGAGGCGGGCAUCAUGCCCAACAUGCGCAAGGUGUCGGGGACGAGCGAGCUGAUUCGCGACAUGGUCAUCGGCAGUGGCAGUGGCAGUGGCAGGGGUGUGCGUGAGGUCGGGGAGAGGUACUCGGCGGACAGGCCGAGGGAGAGGGAGAGAGGCGAUGGUGACGAAGAGGAGGACGAGCAGGGUGCGCUGCUGCGGCACUACCUGAGGGCGAGGGGGCUGUUGCGGAGGGGCCCAGUAUUCGGCAGCCCGCCAGACACCGACGACAUGCACGAGGUGGGUCACUCACUCACCAACACAAGCAAGACACACACACACGUAUGUAUGCAAACACCCGAACACCCACACACGCACCUGUUUGUUCCUCUCUCAACGUCAGUUGGGUCGCUGGCUGGUGGAGUCUCUGCGCCACGGUGCCGGCUCCUUCGUCGACAGCCACCUGGAGCACAGGCAGGCCAUCAAAGUUCUUGCAGAAGCCAUCCCCGACCGCUUCCAGGAGAACAUCAACCGCAACGACCGCGCCAAGGCACAGAACGACACCGCCCAUGCGCAGCUACAGGCCCUCUGCAAUAAGUUCCGAGACAUACAGACCGCUCACGUGAGCGACGGGGUGGGCAUGCCGCCGCCGGGAUUGCAAUAUGUGUGUGGGUGUUGGUGGGUGUGGUGUGGUAAGGCUGAGCUGCAGUCGAAGUUCGAGUCGCUGCGGGCGAGGGUGCAGUCGCGGAUUGACAGCCGAGUGCUGGACGCCCUGUCGCUUCAGAUGGGGGCGGGCGUCAUGGCCCAGCUGGCGGAGGCAAAGCAGCUACUGGCGCGGCACAAGAGAUCCGUCAGCACAUACACUACACCUGGUCAGUCAGCACGUGGUGGAGGCACCGCACCUCGCUGUAUGGGUGUGUUGUCACGGUCGUGGCGCCUGUCUGUCUGUCUGUCUGGAUGGAUGGAUGGAUUGAUGUCUUUGAUGGAGCAGACGACAGUAUGAAUGCGGUGCGGGUGCUGGAGGAGUCGCUGGAUAACGUGAGCCAGAGGGCCAACAAGCUGCUCAAGGCCAUCGAUGACGUCUCCAGGAAGGCAUACACACGACCAGACAGAGAGACUCAGCCGGCGUAGAGACAGAAUCUGAUGCGCUGCAGGCUGGUAGUGCCAUGUAUGUGCAGAGACAGACAGACAGAGGGAGGGCAGGGCUCACACUGUCCAAGUGUCCAUAGCCAGAUGGUAUGUCACCUGUCACCUCUAUGCCAAGCGGGAGGGCGAUUCCACGGAAAUUUGUGACUGUAAGGAUGGGUGUCUGAUUGAUUGAUUGGUUGAUUGCUGCACCACAUGACAGUCCCAAUGAGCAUACAGACAGGUGAGGUGGCAUGCAGGUAUGCGUUUGUCUUUGGUUAACUGCGGUGAAUGC